GCUCACGGAGCCGGGCACCGGGCGAGGAGGGGCGGGCAGAAAGGGCGCGUUCUUGUGGGUGGCCUCGGGUUGGGGAGACCGUUGAGCCGCGAGGGGCCCCGUGAAAAACCAAGCGGAAGGAUUCAGAGCCCGCGCCCUCUCCUUGGCGCCCCCUCUCCUCCCAGGCUGGGGUGCGCUGCUUUCCGGUCGUCCCAGGAGCGGUCUUGGGGAUGCGAGGUUCCCACGGUUCUCACCUGUCCCCAGAUCUUAUAAAAAGGAACCGAGGCGAGGACUGUCCCCGUCCGCAGCACCCACUGCGCUGUGAAACUGGCCCUGUCCCUUCCCCCUCGCGGACGCCCGCUUUCUGGUUGAGCCCGCUUGGGGGUGGCAGGGCGCCCCUCCCCGGCGCUCUCGGGGGGUUGCCCGGCUUCGGCUCUGCGGGGCUCGCUCCCCUUCCUCCAGACAGUUCGGGUCCCCGCCUCCCCGGCGGGACACUCCUGGCUCCGACACCCUGCGGCCUCUUCUCGGGAAGGGCAGGGGGAUGUGGAAAAAUUUCUGUUUCCCUCCCCCUGGUGCCGGGGCUUUCGCUUUCACUUCCUCCGGCGAGGGUGGCAGUCCCGGCGCGGAGCGAUCAUGGCGCUGCUGGAGGUGUGCGGAGCCCCGCGGGCUUGGGCCGGCCCGGCUGCAGCUGGGGCUGCGGGGAGCGCGCGGGGAUCCGACCCGGGACACUAUGGUUUCUCUGCGCGCGCUCCGGAGCUCGCCGUCCCCAGGGGGAUGCAGCCCGCUGAAUUCUUGCAGUCCUUGGGUGGGGACCGAGAGAGGAACGUUCAGCUAGAGGUGGCCCACGGCACGACCACGCUGGCCUUCAAGUUCCAGCAUGGGGUGAUUGUGGCUGUGGAUUCUCGGGCCACGGCAGGGAGCUACAUUGCCACCGUCCGGAUGAACAAGGUGAUCGAGAUUAACCCUUACCUGCUGGGCACCAUGUCUGGCUGUGCCGCUGACUGUCAGUACUGGGAGCGGCUGUUGGCCAAGGAGUGUAGGCUGUACUACCUGCGGAACGGGGAGCGGAUCUCCGUGUCGGCUGCCUCCAAGCUGCUCGCCAACAUGGUGUCUCCAUACCGGGGCAUGGGGCUCUCCAUGGGCAGCAUGAUCUGUGGCUGGGACAAGAAGGGCCCAGGCCUCUACUAUGUGGAUGAAAACGGGACCCGGCUCUCAGGACACAUGUUCUCCACUGGCAGCGGGAACACUUACGCCUACGGGGUCCUGGACAGUGGCUAUCGGCCCGACCUCAGCCUUGAAGAAGCCUAUGACCUCGGCCGCAGGGCUAUUGUUCAUGCCACUCACAGAGACAGCUAUUCUGGAGGCGUCGUCAAUAUGUACCACAUGAAGGAAGACGGCUGGGUGAAAGUGGAAAGUACAGACGUCAGCGACAUGCUGUACCAGUACCUGGAGGCUGAUCAGUAGCAGUGGCGUCGGCUGUGCAGGCCUCUUCCGGUGGGAGAGCCACCAGACUUAGGGACCUGGACCACCUUCCGUCUCAGCCAAGAUAGAGAAUGCCCAGCAGCAGAUGACCAUGGGCCAUGGUCACCCAUUUCUGCACUCUCCUUUCAAUGAGCAUCUCCCCUGGGAGCCUUCUGGUGCCCCGCUAAGCACAAUAAAGGAAAACGGUUAUAAACGC